AAAGUCGUUCCAAUGAAAAAUAAAAUCCAUAUAGAUAUUUUUUUAUUGAGAAAAUAUAUCAUCUACCAAAUGUGUAAGUCCUUAAAAUAUGUGAAUCAAUAUUUAAAUGCAUCAAUUCAAAUUAACAAUUUAUUUUUGUCUACAAAAAAUCUGUCCUUAUGUGUGAUAGGUUGGUCAACGAGAUGACGGAUUACCUGAUGGUAAGCAAUCAGCGCCGCCCAUGGAUUCCUACAACAACGGAAGAGUUACGAGUGCGUUGUCG